AUGGGAUCCUGCUGCUCAACCUCCGACGACUCGUCCCCUCACGAACUUGAGCCAGCCCGUCCCGCGCAGCCGCCGCUAAACAUGCCGCCGCCGCCCAACCACAUCGUCAGCCUCGAGAAGAAAUGGGCCUACCACGCCGUCGACGGGUACGAGCUCAACAAUAACACCUGGGGCCUCGAGAGCGCCACCUCCGGCUCCCAGCGCACGCACUACGACGGGCCGAGCCCGCCCGGCGCCUCCGGGGCCGUCGGCAUCUCAUGGUCCUCCGACUGGGAGUGGCGGGGCGGCGAGCACAACGUCAAAUCGUACGUCUACGGCGCCCGCCAGUUCGAGCGCCGCCUCCUGAGCGAGAUCCAGGCCAUGCCGACCGAGGCCGAGUGGCACUACAGCACCUGGGACGUGCGCGCCAACGUCGCCUACGACAUCUUCACCGACCCCGACAAGGACCACGCCAACAGCAGCGGCGAGUUUGAGGUCAUGAUCUGGCUCGCGAAGCUGGGUGGCGUGUGGCCCAUCAGCGAGUCCAAGGCGCCCAUCGCGCACGUCGAGAUCUGCGGCCACCAGUGGGAGCUGCACUUUGGCUACAACCACGGCGGCGCCAUGAAGGUGUACAGCUUCCUGCCGGUCAACGGCCCGAUCCAGCACUUCAACGCCGACGUGAAGCAGUUCUUCAACUUCCUCAGCCAUCAGUUCGAGUUCCCGCAGCACAACCAAUACAUGCUGGUCUACCAGCUUGGAACCGAGGCCUUCACCGGAGGGCCCGCCGAGUUUGUCGUGCCCAAGUUCAUCGCCAAUGUUAUUUGA